UUUCUGCUCUUCUUUUCUCCCUUGCAGCUCCCGAAACCCCCCCUCUAAGCCGCAAGCACCAGCUUUGAAAAAUUGGUGAGAAAGCUUGGAAUUUCUCCUUUUUUCUUGUCCAAGAACCUGAUUUGGAACCCAGAAAUCUUUCCCCCUUGUUGGAAAUUCCAGAUCUGCCUUGCUCUGCUUGUCUUCACCGCCAGCUGCUAUGUGGGUGGGUGAUUUCUGGGCAUUUUUCAGUAAGAACAGCCCCUAAUUUCCUUUGUUCUUGCUUGAAUUGGCUUGGGUUAACUUUGAUUGCUCUUAUUCCCUUCAAUUUUUGCAAGUCCCGUGAAUUGCUCCUGCAGCUUGCCGCCGGCCUCUUCCCCCCUACAGCUCCGGUUUUUACAACUGGAGAAUUAUGGUUCCCGAUCGUUCUGUCAGUUAGUGCAUGAAUUGAGUGCUCGGUUUUAUGCAAGUGAGGUAAGUAAAUUUAUGGUAAUGCCCGUACUGUUUUAAAAGCAUGUUUUGAUUUGUUUUUGAAGUGGUGGCGGGACUAAACCCGUUUUACACGAGCAUGACUGAUCUGAAGUGAAAUGUUUUGUGCUUUUCAUGAAAUUGAGCAUGCUUGCUUGAAAUUUGAGUGAUUGUCCUGAUGAUCUGAAAGUGAUUGUGAAUCGUGAUUUUCCUGUUAACUUCUGCCCGUUUUGUCUCCGAUGUGGUCAUGUUAUUCGUGACACUGCUAGUGGGGGAGGUUAUAAACGCUAGCACAUGUCGACAUGUUAGUGAAAGAGCCGGUUCAUUCAACCCAGCUAGUGGGGGUUAAACACCAGCAAAUCGUGGCCCUGCUAGUGGGGAUUAUACACUGGCCGUGACCUAUAGAGGAGGCGUCUAUUUCAUGCCCGUACUGUAUCUAUUUUCGUGAUUGUACUUGUUGGCAUGCUUUAAGUUUGAUAAGGGGCACUCCAUAUUUACUUACUGAGUUUAUCUCAUAGUUUUUCCUUGUCCACCAUUUCAGGAUGUGAAAUCGAGGACGGGGAAACCACGGGAAGUGACGAGUUAGAAGGCUAGCCAUAUUGUAAUUGGACAUGAAAUUUUAGAAACAAAUUGUGAUCUUGUAAGCUAGAGUGUAUUUGGAGAUUUAUGAUAUCGGAGAAAUUUUAAAGAUUUGAUCUUCAGAUUUUGGUGGUAUCAGAUUGUGGUGUGAUAAGUUCCGAGCCUUGUGCAUUUGUGGGACCCGUCUCACGAGUGCACGGCGUCUGUCGCGUCUCGAAAUUGGGUUUUGGGGCGUGACAAUACCUUUGUAUGAAUACGUGCGACCACCUCUGUCUGAACUUACUCUGCCAUUUCUUCCCAAACUUGAGUAAGCUCAGACUGCAACUGUUGGACUUGUGUCGUAAGAAUCCUAAUGGUAGAAGAAGAGGCCUCACUCAUGUCAUACCAUCACUAAGGGAUGCCAUGCUUUACUGGAUCUUGUAAUGUAGACAUCCCUUUCAUCUAACCU